ACUGUCAAUUUUGUGAGCAAAAAGUUUAAUUUGUUGUGAAUUGUGUUUUCUAGUUAAUGGAGAUCUGAAAAAAAGUUGAUUGUUGAUUGAUUUUACAAAUACUUCGUGAUACCUAAAGUGGAAGAAAAUGUAUCAGCAAUAUUUGUAUCAGACUUUUCAAAAGUUACCAAAUCUUAGCGCGGAUGAAUUGAAGGAUCUGCUAAACGACGAUGCUAAACUGGAUGAACGAGUUAAUCAAGCUGUCGAAACUUUAGAAGCUGAAAAAGAUUCUGUGCUGAACAACAAUCGAAGCCGAGCCGAGGGUAAUCUCGAAAAAGAACCUCAAUUGAUUGAAUUACGAUCCCGAGUGAAUGACCUUUCCGAGCAAGGAAAAGUCCUGGCCAAUGCUGUGAAGGAGAAGUCAGAAGCACUAAAAUCCAAAUCCAAUGGAACUAAUCCAGACACUGUUCUGGCCUUGCUCCAGACAGCAGCUGCAGAAAGCGAAGAAGAAUCGGAACAGAUUGUCAAACAAUUUCUCGAUAAUGAGAUUUCCAUCGACGUUUAUCUAGAUCAAUUUAUGACCUCACGGAAAACGAUGCACAGUCGAAAACUGAAGGCAGAAAAGAUGACCGAACUAGUUCGUAAUGGCAUAAAUCAACAACGAUCGAUGCAGCCUCCUCUGCACGGUUUACCUGCUCCAGGAAUGGCUCCGUAUCCUCCUUCAAGUGGUUUCUACCCAUCAUCAGGUGUUCCCUAUCCAAUAGGACCGGUGUCGAUGCCUAUGCCGGGGAUGUUCAGACCACCUCCGUAUUGAUGACCAGAAGAUGGAAGCAUGACGGUUUAUUCCAGCCAUUAUUAUUUUGGAAUCCAAGUGCACAUACAUCUGUUGUUUGUUCAACUAACUGUAAUUAUUAAAGAGAUUAAAGCUUGAAGUUCA